AUGUCUAUGAUAACAGCCACGACAUGGGUGCGUCGCGGUGUGGCUGCGCCUUUUCCUGAAAGAUAUGAAAUCGACGAAGCGGAGAUCAAUCGGAUAUCGGAGCUCGCGAAGAUUCAACUCGAGGGUGCCAAAACGGACUUAAAACAAGCGCAGCAUCAAAGUAGCAAAGACCAGAGGGAAGGGGAAGGGGAAGGGGAAGAGGAAGAGGAAGAGGAAAGCGAAGACGAUUCUGCGGAGCCAAGUGGAGAGGGAAAAGGAAGGGCAAAAGGCAGCGAUGGCAAAAAAAGCGACACCAUUGAUGAUGACCUAAAGGAAUACGACCUAGAUCAUUAUGACAGCGACCCUGUGGAUGAAAAUGGCGAACAAAUCACCAUGUUCGGCAAUAUCAGGUCACUUGCGUACCACCAACCCAACGAAGAGGAUCCAUAUUUGGUUGUUCCAGGGGGAGUCGACGACGACGACGACAAUGACGAGAGAGAAGAGCUACAGAUUUUACCCACCGAUAAUCUUCUAUUGGCUGCCAAGGUAGAGGAUGAGGUCGCACAGUUGGAAGUCUAUGUAUACGAAGACGAGGCAGAUAAUCUUUACGUACACCACGACAUCAUGCUGCCCGCGAUCCCAUUGUGCUUGGAGUGGUUAGAUAUACCCGUUGGCAGGAACUCAGAAAAUAGAUCCUACGGCAACUUUGUCGCAGUAGGCACGAUGGAACCAGAUAUCGAAAUUUGGGACCUGGAUAUCGUGGAUUGCAUGUAUCCAAACGCCAUCCUGGGCCAAGGCGGCCAGGAUGGAAACUCGGAGACCGGCGUGAAAAAGAAGAAGAAGAAAAAGGUUAAGAAAGUGAAUGACGAGUAUCAUGUGGACUCAGUCCUUGCAUUGGCAGCGAACAGACAACAUCGAAACCUGCUCGCGUCAGCUUCAGCCGAUCAAACUGUAAAGCUAUGGGAUCUGAACACGACCAAAUGUGCAAAAUCCUAUGCCAACCACAGUGAUAAAAUUUGUGCCUUGGACUGGCACCCGAAAGAAUCAACAGUCUUGUUGAGCGGAAGCUACGAUAGGACUGUUGUAGCUGCCGACAUGAGAGCUCCUGACGCAAAGGCCGCGAGAUGGCGGGUUGAAAGCGAUGUCGAAAACGUCCGAUGGGACCCUCACGACCCCAAUUUCUUCUACGUCACAACCGAUGGUGGGAUGGUAUACUGCCACGACGUCCGACAAGUGUCCGCUAUGCCGGAAAACACGAAGCCAGUAUGGAUGCUACAAGCGCACGAUUCCUCCGUUUCAUCCUUUGACAUCAACCCUACCAUCCCCGGCUUCCUUGUCACCGGCUCCACCGAUAAGCAAGUCAAACUCUGGAACGUGCAAGAUAGCAAACCCAAUAUGGUUGUCUCACGGAAAGUUGAAGUUGGCAAGGUCUUCUCCACCACUUUUGCGCCAGAUCAAGAGGUUAGUUUCCGCCUCGCGGUUGCGGGAAGCAAAGGGGUGGUACAGAUCUGGGAUACAUCUACGAAUGCCGCUGUGCGCAGAACGUUUUCUUCGCGCUUGGGGAGUUCAUUGGCAGGGGAAGUGAAGGAGCGAAUGAUUGGCAUUUCGCAGAACGACAGCAGUGACUCUGACGACUCCGGUGUGGCUGAGGGGGAUGGAGAUAUUGGUCGGGAUGGAUGGGAGUCCAUGGACGAGGAUUAAGAUGUUUAUUUGUCUGCUUACUUCACUACUCUUCAGAUCAUUCACUGUUUUCCCAUGGAGCAUUUUAUGGAGUUUCCUGGAUCAAAUUUUAAGUUGCUAGUGCAGUGAGAAAACAAGGUCAGAAAGGAAAGAGACGUUUAAUUUUGU